AUGUGUGCCUUUUCAGUCACAGGAGUCGCUGCCGGAUUCCCUUUGGGUAUUACACGUGAUCCUAACCCGGGCAUACUUUACGUGACUAGUUCGAAUAAUUGUAUCUACCAAAUUGCACAAAAUAGCGGGGUUACAUCGCCAAUAGUUACUGGAUUGACCAACCCAAGUGGUGCUGCUUUGAAUUCAACAUCAACUCAUCUUGUGAUCGGUCAUCAAGGAGAAGGCGCUAUCGUUAGCUGGGCUUUAGAAGCCGGUGCAGUGACACCUAUUACUAAUCUUAACUCAGCACCAGGGGCUGCCAGAGAUGUAACGAUCGAUUCCUCGGGAAAUAUGUGCGUCGCCGACACGCCCAAUAAUCGCAUACUGUUCUUUCCGGCUGGUCAAACGACUGGUCGUGUCAUUGCAGGCACGGGGGCACCUGGCAAUGGAGACAACGAACUAAGUAGUCCCUCUGCAGUUAGACUCGACAGUCAAGAUAAUUUAGUAUUUCGAUGGCCUCGUCAAAAUGGUACAAAUGGAAAGAAGAUCAUCUCAAAUAUUGGAUGUCAUGACUCGACAAUAGACGGUGAUGGCUUUCUCUACAUUGUUGUUUGCGCUAGAUAUCAAGUUACACGAUAUCGAAUGGAAGUAAAUCAAGGAACAGUCGUUGCAGGUGGACAUGGUCUAGGGAGUCGUCUUGAUCAAUUGAAUUAUCCAAGAUACUGGAUGGAAGGUACGAAACAAGGUAUUGUUGUGGUUGGUGACCAAGGUCAGGGUAAUAGUCUUACACAAUUAUCAUUUCCUUAUGAAAUUUUUGUGGAUUAA